AUGGAUCUGUCGCGAGCAGACUUGGAAAGGGCUAAAAAUAAUGCAAUGCAAAGGACCCAAAUAUGUGAAGACGCGAAACAAAAUUAUGCGCAUGCAUUGCAGGCUGCAAAUCAACAACAGCAUCAACACUACAAUCAGCUUUUACCACAGAUACUGGAGCGUUUGAGAGCAGUCGAUGAGGAGCGAAUUAGCGAAACAAAAUCACUGAUGUUACAAGGUAUUGAAGCGGAAACUAAGGUAAUGAAUAUAAUUCAACGAUGUUAUGAUGAUAUGAGAAAAGCUGCUGAAUGUAUAUCGCCUUUAAACGAUAGUGCUAGUGUUGUUGAGCACUAUAGAUCCGGCUAUGCACAUCCUGAACCGUUCACCUUCGAAGAUUUCGGCGCUCCAUCGGCAAUUAUCACCAGUGAAGGUACAAGUAGUGUGGAUACAAUGAAAAGACCAACAAAAAAUGGUUCGAUGGUUCGAAUCAAUCGAAAACCUAGUAUGGGACUUUUUCGAGGCAGCAAUCAUUCAAGAAAGGAUGGCACAAUUGAUUUUCGUUCCUAUCCACCACAGCAAAGAUGUCGAAGAUUGCAGCAUGAAAUUGAAAACAUUGAAAAAGAAAUUGCAAAAAACCAACAAAGUCGUGAAGGUGCUGCGAAAAUGUUGCAGGUUUAUAAGGACAAUCCAAAAUUAGGUAAUGCAAGUGAUGUAGACUCAGAAAUUGUAGUUUAUACAAAAAAAUGUGAAGUUCUAAACCAGCGAUUAGCAAAGUAUAAAGCAAUGUUAUCAGAAGCGCAAACCGAACUGAAUACACCGAUAUCAGUUGUCGGGUAUGUUCACAAUCGAGUCAUGAUAUCGGAACCUCCAAUGAGACCUCCUCCUCCAUGUCAGUCAGGAUUGAGUACGCCUUCACAGUCGUCUCCACGUCAGAUGUCAACUCCGAAUACUACAGUCAGCAUUCAUCGUUCAUCUUAUUCAGAAGAGUCGAUCUCUUCAGAUGGCUCAGUUCCUAUCGCUAAUCAUAAGAAAACAACUUCACCUGAACCUGCGAAAAAAGCGACAAUAGUGGAGAAAUCAGAAGUGUACGAAGAAUGCGAUAUGCCGGCGUUAGGCACUUGCACUGCACUGUAUGCAUUUGAAGGCGGCAGUGAAGGUACAAUGGCUAUGGAAGAAGGUGAUGAAAUGAUAUUGCUGGAACGAGACGAAGGAGAUGGUUGGACUCGAGUUAGGCAUGUUUUAUCAGCACGUGAGGGUUUCGUUCCAACAUCUUACUUGCAAUGUAGGUGGUAUCCUGAUUAG